GGGUCCGCUGGGGCGCGCUGCCAAGGGCGGCCUCGCCGGGCGUCCUGCCCAUUCCCUGGGCCCUUGGAGCCGGCUGUGGUGGUGGCGCGGGGGGCUUCCGUCGACCUGAGGCUCAGCGAGUCCUGGCCCCGCCGCGGAAAUGUGCUCGACGCCCGGGCUCCCUACGCCGGGGGCCUCGCUGGUCCUGCGGGUGUCCUACGUGGAUGUGCAUCCCGAGGUGAUCCCCGUGCAGCUCUGGGGACUGGCGGGACCGCGGCGGGAGGAAUACGUGCGGCUGAGCCGGGAGAUCCAGGAAGCAGUGGCCACACGCGGCCCGUGGGCGCUGAGCGGCACCCCGGCCUCUCCUGGCGAGUUGUGCCUGGUGCAGGUGGGGCUUCUGUGGCACCGCUGCCGCGUGGUCAGUCGGCAGCUACAGGAGAGCUGCGUCUUCCUGCUGGAUGAGGGUCGCACCAUCACGGUGGGGGCGGGCUCGCUUGCGCCGGGACGCAGCGAGUUCUUCCACCUGCCCUCCGAGGUGAUGGGUUGCGUGCUGGCGGGCCUAGUGCCCAUGGGCAGCGGCGGUGCGGGUGGAGGCGAGCCGCAGCACUGGCCGUCCAGCGCUGUGGACUUCCUCAGCAACCUGCAGGGCCAAGAGGUCCACGGGCGGGUCCUGGAUGUGCUGCUGCUCCAUCGCCUGGUCCUGCUGGAGGUGCCCAGCGUGUUUCAGCAGAUGCAGAAGCUUGGCCUGGCCCGGCAGGUACCUGACAGCCUCUUCCGCUCGUUGCUCAAGCGCUACCUUGCGGCGGCCACUGCUGGCCUAGGCCCGUGGGCCCCUGUUCUCCCGCGAGCCCUUCCCAAGCAGGAGCAGCCGGGUCUGGAUUAUUUCUAUCCGCGGUUGCAACUGGGCGUGACAGAAACGGUUGUAGUUACCCAAGUGUGCCAUCCCCACCGCAUUCAUUGCCAGCUCCGAAGUCUCUCGCAGGAGAUCCACCGGCUUUCGGAGAGCAUGGCCCAGGUAUACCAAGUGUCCAAGGGGACGGGGGAUGAGACCUUCCCCAGUGCCACCUGGGAGGAGAGGGAGGAGAGUCCAGACAAGCCGGGGUCACCAUGUGCAUCCUGUGGGUUGAAUGGUCACUGGUACAGGGCACUCCUGCUAGAGACUUUCCGGCCCCAGCGCUGUGCCCAGGUGCUCCACGUGGACUACGGAAGGAAGGAAUUAGUGAGUUGCAGCAGCCUUCGGUACCUGCUGCCAGAAUACUUUCGAAUGCCGGUGGUGACCUACCCCUGUGCCUUGUACGGCCUCUGGGACGGUGGCAGAGGAUGGUCUCGCUCACAGGUCGGUGACCUGAAGGCACUGAUCCUGGGCCAGGCCGUGAAUGCCAAGAUUGAGUUCUACUGCUCCUUUGAGCACGUAUAUUACGUGACCCUGUACGGAGAGGAUGGGAUAAAUCUUAACAGUGUGUUUGGAGUUCAGUCAUGUUGCUUGGUAGACCGAUUCCUGCAGAGCCAGGGCCGAGAGGAGGAUGCGGAGGAGGAGGAGGAACCCGAAGCAGCCAUGCAGUUGCAAUCUCCAGCUGAAGAUGUGGACGAAGAGAUUUCGUUGCCGGCCUUACCCUCCAUCAGGCUGAAGAUGAACACCUUCUACGAUGCCCAGGUAGAAUUCGUUAGAAGUCCCUCAGAGUUUUGGAUCCGCCUGAGGAAACACAGCCGCACUUUCUGCAAGCUGAUGGAGCGCAUGUGCAGCUUCUACUCGUCUGCCAGCAAGCUGGACGGUGUGGUUUUGAAACCCGAGCCCGACGACCUUUGCUGUGUCAAAUGGAAGGAGAAUGGCUACUUUCGCGCCGUUGUCACCCGACUGGACGAGAAGAGUGUAGAUGUGUUCUUGGUGGACCGAGGCAAUUCGGAGAACGUGGACUGGUAUGACGUGAGGAUGUUGCUGCCUCAGUUCCGGCGCCUUCCCAUACUGGCUCUGAGGUGCACCUUGGCAGAUAUUUUGCCCCUGGGAAAAAUCUGGAGCCAGGAUGCCAUUUCGUUUUUUAAGAAGACUGUCCUCCACAAAGAACUAGUCAUUCAUGUCCUGGACAAGAAGGAUCAUCAGUAUGUGAUUGAGAUCCUCGACGAAUCCAGGAUAGGGGAAGAAAACAUCAGCAAGGUGAUUGCUCAAGCUGGCUAUGCCAAGUACCAGGAAUUUGAAACAAAGACGAUCCCCGGAGCUGCCCACUCCCCGGGGCAUUCUUUAAACCAUUUUCCCGCGGAGAACACCAAAGCUUUUUCUGCCAAGAGGGUGGAAAGGGAGCAGAAAAGCAAGAGAGAAAAUAGAGCUGUGUGCACUCCCGAGGCUUCAGCUAACACAAGUGUUACCACCAGACUAGCCACACAGGAAAAAGAGAAGAGGAUAGCCACUUACUCUUCUCUAACAGAGAAUUUCUUGGGGAUUAAGAUAGGCUCAUCAGGGAAAGGAGAGCUCCAACUUGGAAGUACAGUUGAAGUCAAAGUGUCUUACAUUGAAAACCCUGGCUACUUUUGGUGUCAGCUCACCAGGAACAUUCAAGCAUUUAAAACUCUGAUGUGUGACAUUCAAGACUAUUGCCAAAAUACAGCAGCUCCCUACCAGGGACCUGCACCCACAUGUUUGGCAAAGCGAACAGUAGAUGGAAAAUGGUCCAGAGCUUUGAUCAGCAGGACACAGUCUUCAGAGAAAUUUGAAGUAAGGUUUGUAGACUAUGGAGACAAAGAGAUGGUUUCCUUGAAUGAUGUUUAUUCAAUCAGUGAAGAGUUCCUCAAGAUUAAACCGCAGGCUUUUCGGUGCAGUCUUUACAAUUUAAUCCAACCAACUGGUGAAAACCCCUUUGUUUGGGAUGAAAAGGCAAUACAGGCUUUUAGUGAAUUUGUAAACAAUUCAUGGCAAGACAAUUUGGAAUUAAAAUGCACCAUAUUUGCUUUGGCCUCAAUGCGUGAUGAAGAACCGUUCAGUGUUGUGGAUUUGGUGACACCCUUUCAGAGUGCGUGCCAGUUUUUGGUAGAAAAAAGACUUGCACGGCAAGAAAAAUUCCCAAAGCCUCUGAAGUUGCCUAUGCAGCUGCAUUCCUACUACUAUUCUACACAUGAUAUGAAGAUUGGAAGUGAAGAAUCGGUGUAUAUUACACAUGUUGAUGACCCUUGGACAUUUUAUUGCCACCUGGCCAGAAAUGCACAUAUUUUAGAUAAGUUGUCACAUAGUAUUACACAGUUAAGUAAAAUUUUGCUGAGUUUAAAAGCGCCUCCCUCGAUCCCUGGCUCACUGUGCCUUGCUAAGUAUACAGAUGGAAACUGGUAUAGAGGGAUAGCAGUUGAAAAAGAACCAAAUAAAAUCUUCUUUGUUGACUAUGGGAACAUUUAUAUAGUAGAACGCAAUGACCUGCUUCCAAUACCUAGUGAUGCGUAUGAUGUCUUACUUUUGCCCAUGCAAGCUCUUAAAUGUUCGUUAUCUGAUAUUUCUGAGAAUGUUCCAGAAGAAGUUACAACAUGGUUCCAGAAGACUGUUUUAGAUAAGUCACUGAAGGCCUUAGUUGUAGCAAAAAAUUCAGAUGGAAGACUGAUAAUAGAACUAUAUGAUGAUGGUAUUCAGAUUAAUGCCAGUGUUAAAGAAAAAAUAAGACUGCUAGGUCACAAAGAUAAAACAAGGAAAAAACAAGUUGAUUCACUCCUCUGUACUGCUGAAGUCCCUGGAGGAAAAAAUAAAAUGAUGAAGUUUGGCUCUGCAGAAAUUUUAAGCAACUCAGUUCUGAACAAAUCACAUGGUAGAGAGAUUUUAGGAGAGCCAUACCGACCUAAGAUCAGCUCAGCGUGUAAGGAGCUGAAACUUUUACAAAGUUUCACAAAGAACAACGUAGUUGCCCAACAUCAGGACCCUGUGGGGAGUAAGAGUAAUCAAGUAUUCCCGCUAGCAAGAGAAAAGAAAGAAGAUUUUGUUGAGCCACCUUUGAAAGCCACAAAAAUAGAAGCUACUCUUUCAGAGAGAAAAAUGGGAAAUUCAAGCAACAAAGAUCUCCCUCUAAAAUUUUGUGAGUUCCCACAGAAAACUGUAACACCUGGCUUUAAGACAACUGUAUACAUUUCCCAUAUCAAUGACCUUUCAGAUUUUUAUGUGCAGUUUACAGAAGAUGAAGCUGAAAUUAAUUAUCUCUCAGAGAGAUUAAAUGAUGUAAAUACGAGGCCUGAGUAUUACACAGGUCCCCCCUUACUAAAUGGGGAUAUGAUAUGUGCCAUUUUUCCAGAUGACAACUUAUGGUAUCGUGCCGUGGUCAAGGAAAGGCAAGCUAACGGUCAUCUUUGUGUACAGUUCUUAGAUUAUGGCAAUGUUUCUGUGGUCCCCAUUAACAAAAUAGGUAGGCUCGACCUGGUUUAUGCAGCACUGCCAGGACUGUGUGUUCAUUGUUCUUUAAGUGGCAUUUGGGUCCCCGACAUUAUAAACUGUAAGGAAAUGAUGCGCCACUUUUCCCAGAGGACCGAUGAGACUCAAAUCAAAUGUGAAUUUGUUAAAUUUCAAGACAGAUGGGAAGUUAUUCUUGCUGAUGAACUUGGGAUCAUAGCAGAAGACCUCAUUAGCAAAUACGCUUUCAGUGAAAAAUCUCAGCUAGGACUAUCUGCCCAAAUAAUUAAAGGUGCCUGCUCAGAGUCAGACAAAUCAGACAUUGACAUCUCAGUAUUUCUUAACUGGUAUAAUCCCAAAAUGAAGGUGGUAAGAGCUUACGCCACUGUGAUUGAUGGACCUGAGUACUUCUGGUGUCAGUUUGCUGAUACUGAGAAACUUCAAUAUUUGGAGGUGGAAGUGCAAACCGCUGAGGAGCAGAUCACAAGUCAGAGAAACUGUAUACCACGUCCUCAUGUUGGCGACCCUUGCAUUGUGAAAUAUCGAGAAGAUGGGCACUAUUAUAGGGCCCUUGUCACUAAGAUUUGCGAUGAGGAUCUUGUGAGCGUUAGGCUGGUUGAUUUUGGAAAUAUUGAUGACUUUGUGGACCUAAAAGCCCUGUGGAGCAUUCCUUCAGAACUGCUGUUGAUUCCCAUGCAAGCUUUUCCCUGCUGUCUCUCGGGAUUUAACGUCUCGGAAGGUGUGUGUCCCCAAGAAGGAAAUGACUAUUUCUAUGAAAUAGUAACUGAGGAUAUACUGGAAAUAACAAUAUUAGAAGUCAAAAGAGAUAUUUGUGAUAUCCCUUUAGCAGUUGUUGACUUGCAGAGUAAAGGUGAAAGUAUUACUGAGAAAAUGAAGAAGUAUUCUAGGGUAGGCAUGACUAAGAGUGAUUUGCCCUAUGAAAAAAGUGGCACAGAGAUAAAAGGAGCCCAGGGGUCCUCCAAUCCUGAUGUUGGACUUAAGAAAUUGAGUAAUAAAGCUAUACAAGACAGAAGAUUCUUUGUGGAACCACAGACAGUUGAACUGUCUGAAAGCACUGAAAGUGAUUUAAAGAUUGUUGAAACUAAAGCAAGUAAAUUCUUUAACAUUGAAACCGAGAACAUCUUUGAAGUUUUUCAAAGCAUCUGCAAAGAGCAAAUUGGGACCAAGGCUUUGGAAGGUAAAGCGGAGCUCCAUUUGGUUGAUGAAGCAAAGUUUGAGGACAAAUACCAUCUUACAGAUUUUAGCACAUUGUUACCACAUGCUAGUGAAACAAAGGACAUGUUGGAACUACACUCACUUGAGGUGCCACUUUCUCCUGAUGAAGAAUCAAAAGAAUUCUUAGAACUAGAAUCCACUGAGCUGCAGCAUUCUCUAGUUGGAGAGGAAGAAAAAGAGGAGCUUGAAUUGGCGCCUCCAAUUGCACCUGUCCCUGAAGGUGGUGACCCAGAGGUGCCCCUGGAACCACUCUCAGUGGAACUUCCCCUCAUCUGUGAGGCUGGGGGACAGGCAGAACUAGACCUGCCUACAGCCCAGCUGUCUCCAGAUGACAAACUAAAUACUUCCUCCUUAAACAUCAAUCAGAAAGUCCAAGACUCCAGGAGUACUGCAGACACGAGAAGCUCAAGCUGUGAAGAAUCUUUGGAUGACCAGCAGAGGACGCCACUGCAACUACCUGGAAAGAAUUGUGCCUCUGAAAUGCAGAUUGAAAUAAUUCCACAUAAAGAAGAGUUUUCAAACAAUGAAAACAGAGACACCAUCUCCUCACUGACACCUUUGUUCUCCGAAGAAGAGUCUGUCAGUGGGAGGAAGCAGAGUGCUGUACCAGACUGUACUUCAGAUCAAACACAGAAUAUUGUCAGUCUGAGAGGGUUUACCGUUGGAUCUAAGUGUGUUGUAUGGUCAAGUUCAAGAAACACUUGGUCCAAAUGUGAGAUUUUGGAAAUAGCUGAAGAAGGCACCAAGGUUUUAAACCUUUCAAGUGGCAUGGAGGAGAUGGUCAACCCUGAGAAUGUCUGGAAUGGCAUACCUAACUUAGAUAAGAGUCUACCAGAGGUUGCAUGCCACACGCUGGGGCAGGACCUUGUCUUGAUGUUGUCACACAGUGACGCUGUAGUCACAGAAACAGAGUAUGGAAGUGAUGUGGGUUUAACUGUGGACUCAUAGAUGUGGACGAUGAGCCAGAAGCUGCUUCUCCACCUCCAGCUUCUUCCCAAAACAACACAAUAAUCGGGGAAAUUGAAAAUGUGUAAUUACAGGACACUCACUCUGGAAGAGUGAUUAUGUGUGCCAAAGACUGAAAUAGUCUCAGGUGGACCAUGUAGUGUUCUUUGUAAAGGUGUCGUAGUAUUCAUAAUCUGGGGUCUUUCUUCUGCCCUUAAUUGUUUAAAACUUAUAAUGAGUUGUAAAGACUUAUUGUGCUAAAUAUUUUGCAAACUUACCACAUUUUUCUAAAAAGAGCCAGUUUGAUGCUUAG